AUGGCGCCCUCCAGCUCUCCAGAACCUGUUGUGGACGAAUCCCACGAGUCCUCUGACUCGGAGGUCGAGCAGACCGAACUGCAAUCCCGCGCCCCCAAGAGAAGACGUCUCUCGGAGUCUUCCACCGACUCCUACGUUGCUCCGGCGCCGCUCCCCACACUCUCCCGUAUCAAGAAGAAGGGCGCAGAUGAAGAGAAUAAGCCCGCCACAUCGGAUAAAGACGAGCCUGUCCUGAUCAAGGAUGCUCUGGAGAUUGGUCUCAAUGAUGCGCAGAACUCAUUCGCCUCUCUCAACGUGGCGCCGUGGUUGAUCGGCUCCCUAACCACCAUGGCUGUUCGCAAACCAACCGCCAUUCAAAAAGCGUGUAUUCCUGAGAUCCUAAACGGCCGGGACUGCAUUGGUGGAAGCCGGACUGGUUCCGGUAAGACCAUUGCCUUCUCAGUGCCCAUGCUGCAGAAAUGGGCGGAGGAUCCAUUCGGUAUCUUCGGCCUUGUCCUCACUCCAACUCGUGAACUUGCCCUCCAAAUCUACGAACAAAUCAAAGCCAUCUCCGCCCCCCAAAGCAUGAAACCCCUCCUCAUCACCGGCGGCACCGACAUGCGCCCACAAGCCGUGGCCCUCGCACAACGCCCACACGUCGUGAUCGCCACGCCCGGCCGUCUCGCCGACCACAUCAACACCUCCGGCUCCGACACCAUCCGCGGCCUGAAGCGCGUCCGCAUGGUCGUUCUCGACGAAGCAGACCGGCUCCUCGCCCCAGGACACGGCAGCAUGCUCCCGGACGUGGAAACCUGCCUCUCAGCUCUCCCACCCUCCAGCGAGCGCCAAACCCUCCUCUUCACAGCAACCCUAACACCGGAAGUGCGCGCGCUGAAAUCCAUGCCCCGGCCGUCCACCAAACCCCCCAUCUUCGUCACCGAAAUCUCCACCGAAAACAACGCCUCUAUCCCCCCGACCCUUAAACAAACCUACCUCAAAGUCCCCAUGACCCACCGCGAAGCCUUCCUCCACGUCCUCCUCUCCACGGAAGCGAACGCCUCCAAACCAGCCAUCAUCUUCUGCAACCACACCAAGACGGCGGACUUGCUGGAGCGCAUGCUCCGCAGGCUGUCUCACCGCGUUACAUCCCUGCAUAGUCUGCUGCCGCAGUCGGAGCGCAAUGCCAAUCUGGCGAGGUUCAGAGCGUCCGCGGCGAGGUUGCUCGUUGCGACGGAUGUGGCGUCCCGUGGUUUGGAUAUUCCGUCGGUGGAGUUGGUGGUCAAUUUUGAUGUGCCCAGGAAUCCGGAUGAUUAUGUGCAUCGGGUUGGUCGAACGGCGCGUGCAGGGAGAAAGGGUGAGUCGGUCACGCUUGUUGGGCAACGGGAUGUGAGUCUGGUGUUGGCGAUUGAGGAGAGGGUGGGUAGGCAGAUGGAGGAGUGGAGUGAGGAGGGUGUUAGUGUUGAGGGUAGGGUUGUUAGGACGGGUGUGUUGAAGGAGGUUGGUGAGGCCAAGAGAGAGGCUGCGGGUGAGAUUGAGGAGGGGAGAGAUGUGUUGGGAAGGAAGAGGAAUAAGUUGAAGAAGGUGCGGUAG